AUGUUCCGAGAUAGAACCAAUUUGUACAUCUCAUACCGCAGAACAUACCCGCACCGCACACCUCCUAGCAGAUUCGACCUAGCAGAUGAUGAGGAGAGGGGGCUUAUUGGUGGCAACGAGUAUCGCGACGAGGUGGACGAAUUGGAUGAAUUGAACGGCGGAAUUGAAAUGCGUCAACUCCCUCCUUCAUUGACAGAGGUGUCUAUGGAAGUUGAAGCGAUUUUGAGUGGAAUUGAGGCGAGGGUCUCGGAGUUAGGCUACCUCUAUAAGAAGAACAUCUUACCUGGGUUCAACGACACGUCUGCAGAAGAUCAAAAAAUCGAUGAUUUGACGUUUGGGAUCACACGCGAUUUCCAGCGUGCUUAUUCUGCCAUAAAAAACUUUGAGAUGAUCAAAAUACAAUUUGGAAGCCAAUUGAAGAACGAUGAGCUAAUGAUGUGCGACAACAUGAAACGCAAUCUUGCUUUGAAGACACAGACGUUGUCCAAAAACUUCAGGCGUCUUCAGAACAACUACAUCAAGUUCUUGAAAGAGGACGAUUACGAAAAUUUUGGUUCUUUGCCAACCACACAGGCAUCUGGCUUGGAGGAGACAGACUCUUCUGCCCAAAUAGAGUCUUAUUCGCGAGAGGCUAUGAAGCAAUCUCAGCAACAACUUCAGCAGCAGCAGCAGGAAGGAUCCCAGAAUACAAUAACGGAUGAAUUCAUAGAGCAGCGAGAACGCGAGAUUUUCCGUAUUGCCCAGGGAGUGAUUGAGGUAUCGACGAUCUUCAAAGAACUCGAGAACAUGGUGAUAGACCAGGGUACAAUUCUGGACAGAAUAGAUUACAAUCUGGCGAACACAGUGGUCCAUAUGAAGGAAGCAGAUAAGCAGUUGCAGAAGGGUGAGAAGUACCAGAAGAACACGGCAAAGUGCAAGAUCAUCAUGUUGCUGUGUUUGCUAGUGUUUUUGCUGUUGAUGGUAGUGGUGAGUCGUCCAAGUCGGACGGAUCAUUAUGUGCAUGAUGGCAAUAGUGGAACUUCCUCCGGUAGCAAUUCUCCAGAUACGGAUGUUGCAGAUGGUGAUGCCACAGAUGGUGAUGCCACAGUGGUUUCAGGAAACCCAGAAGACCUUCCGGAAGAUAUCACGAAGUCGCCGAAUGCUGAUACGGUGGAAGGGACAGAUACGUCUAUGGGUUUGUUGUAA